UCCUUAUCACAACAUGCAUCAUGCUUUAUCUCCUUCGUACAGAAUUGUCUCAAACUGUGUGCUAACAUUUUCUGCAGCGGUAGCAUUGAAAAUUAGCUUGUUCAUUAUGCGUCAACACCUUAAAUUUACCGAAAGAAAGCGAUUUCUUCCAAGCUGGGAAGUAUACAUAUUAUGUGUUUUGGUUGUUUCAUCCGAUCGUGUUUUUGCUGAAGUUGUAGAAUCAAAUGAUCAGAUGUGUGUGAAAAAUGCAACGACUGUUCCGAUAGCAUACCCAGUCUGUUUUGAUUCAAAUGGCAAUAUUGUUUUAAAAAUUUGCACGCCCAGUGGCUGGGUCUUAACUCAAAACCAAUCCCAAUGCGAACACUCUGGGCUUUCUCUAAUAUGCCCACAACCAUUUGUGUAUAAAGAAAGCAGAUGCAUACACUUCACAAAACCACAAAAAGCGGAUGAACCUUGUCCAAUACCAGGAGCUGGAUACGUGGAAGACAUUGGUUACAACGAUUUUAUAUGGCUGCCCUUCAGAAGAAACAGUAAAUUUUUACCAUAUACAAUAACUACCCUCGGAUCGCAUUAUGGCGAAAAGGCAGAUUUUAAGUGUUCCUCUAACUGUUGUUCAAAAUCCAGAGAACGCGUACACGAUUGUUUGAUAGCAAAUGCAACUUGUAUUCAGGAUGUUCCUUGUGAUUAUCAAUAUCCUCACAUGUGUGCCUACAAAUACAACCACUUUCUACACAAGUGCCCAAAUGGAUGUUUGCCGGCUGGAUUAGGCAAGAAACAUUGUUUCUGCAAAGUGUCAACUGAAAAACAGAACGCAACUAGAAAUAAUUUUUGCCGUAAGUUAGCAGAACCGACAACGUCAUCGGAAUUAACUGCUGUUAAAGUGCUGGCAUUCACAGACACCUGCUGGAUAUCAAUGAAGAAUGCUGAACGUUUCUUCACCAAUAAAUUUCCUGCUGUUAAUGCAACUUCGAUAAAGUUACAUGACGAGGGCACCUUGUCCUGCGCCGUUUGCCAAUCUGAACCAGUUCCUUAUUCUACGCCUGAAAUGAUGUUAACUUUUGACCGGUCAGCAAGGAAACUGUUUUUGAGAGUGUUUUAUCCAAAAAGCUUAUUCAAAGAUGACGAUGGUGAAUUGGCUUAUUGUUUUGUAAACAUAUCCAAGAAUAACGCCGAAAGAACUGACGUAGAAGAAAUCUGGGAUUCUGAAGACGAAUCUGACAGUGAGUUGUCGAGCCCUUUCAAAAUAUUUGAAGUUUCGAUCGAAACGGACACAGAAGCUUUCUAUUGGUGCGAAAGUUUUAAAUUGCCAAAUCUGGAACGAAUAACCUCCAACGAAGCAAGGGCUUACAGAAAAUCUAAGGGAUGUCGCCUUGCAAGUAGGGUGAUAUUCUACGGUUACUGCUAUUACAAGGCGAACUGCCACAAAAUGCAAAUUCAAGAUUUUAAUGAAAUGGUAGAAGAUAUAUUUGACGAAUACGAAGAUAGCUCUAAUCCAACGUGGGAUAGUGUAAGCGUUAUGGAAAUUUUCGGUGUAAAUUCAACUAAUCAAACAGCCGAUUUAUUAAUUCACUUCAGUGUAGAAGAAUGCUAUGCUCUAGAAGAAGUAAAAAAUUUAUUAGAGUCUGUUGUUAAACCAAGGGAAAAUAAAUUGUUGAUUUUGUAUGUAAAAUAUGUAGACUUUUGCUUACCAGAAGUUGCGAAUGGAUUAUCGUGGCCAUUAACGCCUGUUGGAUCCACUACUAUCCCUGAACAGGUUUGUGUUCAGCAAAAUUUUGUCCCGGUUACCAGAACAUGUACAGGAGAUCACUAUUCUGGUGCCUAUUGGCUACCAGUUGUAGGAACGUGUUCCAACCAAACCUUACCAGAAACGUCGCUUGUAUUGUUGAAUGUUUCCAAGUCAACACUGAACGACACAAGUUCUGUGUUACACGAUGUGCGUAGAAUAGUGCAACAAACAAAAGAAAUUAAUAUUUUAGACACCUAUACGAUUGGAAAUAUUUUAUAUCAAGCUUCUUCGACUGCCCAAAGUAUAUUCAAAAAUGACAUCACAGAAGCAAUUGAAAUAAUUAACAUACUCCAUGAUUGUAAUGAUAGUUUACUGAAACAAUCCCAAGCAAUCCUCAAUUCGACGGACAGAAUUCUGGACGCAACCGAAAUAUUUUUGGAGAGCUUCAACAUCAGCAGCGCCAAAGACGGUUUACUGCUUUAUAAACAAAAGAAUCUUUUGAUGUUAUUGACGAACCCGUUUGUUAACAACAUAACUGGAUUGGUAGCUUAUGGCAGUGACUUUAACUCAUUCCUUGAUAUGGAUGUAGAUUUCCUCUAUCUCAAUUCUACAAACGUCGAGUUGAUGGAUUAUGAAGAUUUGGAAAUUGCAUCGUUCAUUUCUAAUGAAACGCUUUCUCAGUUGAUUGCACAAAAUAAUUUAACGGAAGGUGAUUUUAAAAUAGCUAUAAUGAUCUACUAUAACGAGUCUUUUUUUCAAACUGGAAAAAAAGAGGUUGAUAGUAAAAUCAUCAGCAUAUCCAUUCCUGGUUACAGCAAUCUAUUGCCUUUUUCGGUACCAGUAUUUUUUAAGAGAGAAGAAAAUGAUGAUUAUGACAGUAAUAAAACGAGACGGUGUGCAUUUUGGAACUAUGGCAUUGACGCUCCAAAUUCUAAAGGACAGUGGAGCAGCGUGGGGGUUGAAAAAUCGAAUUUGUUUGAAAACUCAAUUGACUCCUGCAUCUAUUCUCAUCUCACUCAUUUUGCCCUUCUAGUGUCGAAUGUUCCUCUACUAGUUAACGAAGAUGAUAAUGUUACGUAUGUCAUCCUUGAACCAGAAAAGAACAAGGAACUGGAGAUAAUAACGCUAUUGGGAUGUGUACUGUCCUUUUGUGGUAUACUGGGGAUAUAUUUGACAGCUGUGUUAUUUUCGUCAUGGAGACGCAAAACAGGAAAUAAAAUACUUCUGCAACUUUCUAACGCAACUCUUUUGAUACUCGCAGGUCUGUACCUGUUAGAUACCGCUAAUUUGCAGAACACUGUGUGGUGUACAAUAUUGGGGAUUCUACUGCAUUAUGCUAUUCUGGCUAAAUUUUCUUGGAUGCUGGUAAGUGCCCUUAUGCAAUUGUACAGAUUUGUCAAAGUAAUCGGUCCGAUGCCGUCCCAUAUUUUCCUAAAAUCCCUUAUUGUCGGUUGGGUUUUACCACUGAUUCCAGUCGUCGUAGCGACAACGGUAAAAUUUGAAGCAUACGGUACGGAGAUGUGCUACCCCAGAAAUGAAACUUUGUAUUUUGGUGUUCUUUUGCCAAUUUUGUUAAUUUUACUCGUCAAUGUUUAUGUUUUUGUGGCAGUUAUGAAUAAUAUAAGAAAAAGUCAUGCUAAAUUUUCCCACGUAUCGAAAGACAUGCUCCGUCGUGAACUGUAUCUCGCCAUCUUGUUGUCAUUUCUGCUGGGAAUCCCUUGGUUGUUUGGCCUUAUGAUUGAAGUGAGCUACUUUAGUAAUUUUUUACAAACCCUAUUUGAAUAUCUCUUCUGCAUUUUUGCAUCUAUUGAAGGAUUCGUACUGUUCUUCUUUUACAUUUUACUAGACAGUGCAACUAGAAAAAUGUGGUGCAGAUAUUUCAACAAUAAUUUCUAUAAAGCGCCUAGCACCAACAAAAAUCGCAAAAGUCCUACUAAUAGUAUCCUAAACACAAAGGAUACUAGUAAAGUCGUAAUCAAUAGUAUUCACUGAUUACUGAUUACCUAUUUCCUCAAGUAAUUUAUGUAUUAUAUGUUUAUAACCAAGGGUUAUCGUAAAAAGUGGGAUUAAUUUAAUAUAAUGCUAAUACAUGUAGAUUAAGUCUGAUAACUUUUUUUUAAUUAAAUUGUCAAAUAUUCAAGAAAAAAAGUAGUUUUUACUUUGUUGUACCUACUAAUAUAAUAAUAAUAAUAUUACGAUUGGGCCCAACAUUAUAUCAGUAUUAGAUGCAUCAUAGCUAAAAUAAAUAAUAGACAAUAAGCAAUAAAUAUUUUGCGGGUAUAUUGCAUCCUACCUAAUAUUUUAUUUACUUAAUUUCUGUAAAAUGUGACAUUUUUGCUGAAGUUAUAGCGAUAAUAUAAUGUGUUAGUAACCUAUUCUUGAGUAGAUUAUAGAACUAAUAAAAAAAAUGUGUCGCAGAUACGUA